CACCUGCCCCAUUCCCAUGUCACCGUUAUCAUCACAUUAGGAUCAUAUUUUAUACUAAUGUUGGAUACUGGAUCAGCUGGCAAACACAAUAGGAACAGAGGGAGAGAUAAGGCCUUGUAUAUAAGGAUGGCCCAGAAGGCUCAGCCCACAGAACCAGGGAACCUACAGAGGAACCACAAUGGCAAAACUCUUUGUGAUUGUCAUUUUUAUAGGGAUUCUUGCAAAAGGAGGGGCUCAGAGAAGAUUUCUAACAGCUUUUAUGGACAUGAAACACUGGACGCCAUCAACAAAGCUUGAACUCUACCUGGUGACUUAUGAUAAGCCAGCGACUGUGGCAGUGACUGUAGCAGAGCCAUUAUUCAAUAAGACUGUAGCCAUUGAAAGUGAUAGUUAUGGCUUGGUGACCCUAGACUAUCAGUACAUGAUCUCUGAGAGUGAGAAGAAGGCAUCUUCCAAAAUGGUGCUGGUCACUUCCAGUGAAGACAUUUCAGUUUUUGCCUUUUACAUAGACGGUGAAACCUCUGACGCCAUGGCCUGUCUACCACAAGAGGAUCUGGGGAUGGAAUAUUAUAUAUUUACUCCAGGGGGGAGGCAGGGUAACCAGUUUGCUAUUGCCAACGGUUUAGAAGAAGUAGUAUCGGUGAGUGUCACCGUCUCAGGGCUCAUUGAGUUUAAUGGGAUUCAGUACAGAGACCGGGACUCUUUCUCCUUCUCCCUCGAGUCCCAGCAGAUUAUUCAGUUCCAAAGUCAAUAUGAUAUAACAGGCACCGGAAUUACAGCCAGUGCCCCCGUGGCUGUUUUCAGUGGCAACAAGUGUUUUGCUGGCAUCGGCGUAGCUUGUGACAUCGUAGUGGACCAGUUGUACCCCGUGAAGAACUGGGGGGAACAUUUUGCUGCAUUUCCCUUGUUAAAGCACCACCAAGAUUUCAUAGAUAUAAUAGCAGCUAAUGCAAAUACAGUGGUAAAUGUUGAUGAAGCCAAUGCAACCACUGAGUACAUUCUACACCAAGGAUCCCACGUAAGACUCACUUUAUCCGACGCCAUUCUUGUGGAUUCCAGCAAACCUGUUAUGAUGUCGUAUGUCCUCCAAGACAGCAAGCCUAAUGGAUAUGUUGAUCGUUACGACCCAUUUUUUACUUCCGUUCCAUCCUUGGAGCCGACAAGGAAAUACUACAAGUUUAUAACUCAUGGGUUUUAUUUUAACUUCCUUCUCAUUGUAUCCAACGCAUCGUCAGUAUCAGAAUUCUACCUUGAUCACCAGCCCCUCAGUCAGUAUAAUGUGUCCACCCUCGAGUUACAUGGAGUUAAUGGCUUUGAAGUCGCAUUGGGUAAAGUGGGCGGGCAGCAUGAAAUAUACCAUGAAUCCUCAACCUUCACCAUCUAUGUUUAUGGGAUUGAAGCUUAUCGUUCUUAUGGAUAUCCGCUGGGCCAAGAAACAACAUAUCCAGACCCACCAUCUCCAAAGCCAACGUUGGAACCUGAAAGUUCCCCUUUGCUGCAAUGUUCUACCAAUGGCGCUGAGUACCACUUGCCCAUGAAGGUGCUGUAUGAGGCUGGCUUGUCUGUCAAUGAUAUUCACCUUGAAGACCCUCUGUGUCAGGCAGAGCAGGAUGGGAAUUUUGCAGUUAUUAAAGUACCCUUGAGUGGCUGUGGAACCAGCAUUCUGAACAAAGAAGGGCAGAUAGUGUAUAUAAACACUGUCUAUGGGACUGUGCCGAGGACCAGUAUCCAUCGUAUUGAAGCCCCAGUGAGCUGUGAAAUGAAGAGGGAGGAGAACCUACGUCUGAAUUUUAACCCCAAAGUGACUGAUGUGGUGUCCCGAGGCCACUAUAACAUCUCGCUGAAGUUUUAUCACAGUGAUGCCUUCGCUGCACCCAUAACUGACUUCCCUUACGAGAUGAGCCUCCCCAGCAAGCUCUACGUGGAGUUUAAAGUGGAAUCUGUGGAUAAAGAGCUCCAGCUGCUGACAGAGGACUGCAAGUGCUCCCCGUCCUUAGAAGAUACAGGGAACUCCUACACUCUCAUUCAGCAUGGCUGUUUCCAGGACUUCACCCUGCAGGAGCACCCGGUGUUGGACCACAGAGAGCAACGAUUUAGCUUCCACGCUUUCAAAUUCGACAAGUCGGAGGAGGUGUUUGUGGCCUGUAGGGUUAUCAUCUGCCAUAACAGCACUUACCCCAACCGCUGCACUCAGGGCUGCGCCGGGCACAGGCACAAACGGGAUGUUUUUGGCUCUAAAGUCCAUAUGGAUUGGGCGAGGCUUUCCCAGGGCCCUGUUGUAUUCACACACGGAGGGACCCCCAACUUGAGUGACCGGACCUUCUUCUCAUCAGUCUUUGUGGCCACUCUUUGUGUAUUGGGACUGCUGUGUGUGGUAGCCCUGAGGCUACAGAGGCACCAUUACUAUAGGCAAGGGUACUCACUGGUGCAGUGCGACAGGGACUGACUCCCUUAGAAAGAAGCCAUUUACUCAGCCAGGCCUAGAGGGCAAUAAGUGGUGUAUAACUGCCAGCUUUGUAAGAGAGUAGAACUGAAUGCAGGAGCAGGAUGUGUAAAUGAAGUGUAAAUGAAGGAAUUAAUGUUGGGCUCUUGGAACAUAAUAAAAAUCUGCAGAAUAAUCAAAAACCAGGGCAGUUAGACUGAAGCCCCUCUGUACUUUGGUUUUUGUGCCCAUAGUGUUUGCUUUGCAAUCUUAUGUGGUCCUGCACUGCCACCUAGUGGUGCUGUGGUAGAACACAAGCAAUGGAAGUCCAGUGAGUAAAAUUCUGCUCAUAUUUGUCUAAUCCAAA